UUUGAAGACAAGCCCUGUCGAUUGCACCAUAUAACUACGUGCUCCGUAGAUUCGACUCGCUACAGCCCGGUAGCCAGUGAACUUCACCAGUCCAGGUCCCCAUCAUCGAAGCAUGUCCCCCAUACGCUCUGCAUCACCCCCCUUUUGAAUAUUGAAUUCGUCCAUUUGCUGUUUUAGGAGGAACUGCACUACUUUUCGAUCAGCUCGUGGUAACACAUCCACACUGCAAUGAAAGAUGGCUUCAGCUACUGGAAUUCCCGAAGCGCGGCCGGCCUCUAUUCAUGAGAACGGAGAGGAAGAACCGCUGCUUGGACGUCCGGGCGACGUGACCCAGAAGGAGAAUCAGAGCAUUUUAAUAAACCUGGUUACAGGCACUGCUCCGAUUGCACAGGCCGGGAUACUGAUUGUUGCUGCCCUUGUUUGGUCUGCUAUAUUCUCAAACGAGCUCAUCUUCUUCUCUCCUCACCCGCUUCUUAAUUCCACCGGAGUGCUCCUCACCACACAAGCAAUCCUUCUCCUCCAGCCGACACACACUCCUUCGCAGAAAAGGCAGGGAACAUUGACUCACUUUGGCGUAAUCGUUGCCUCCAAUCUCACCUUUGUCGCUGCCUUCACUAUCAUCGAGAUCAAUAAAGCCUCUCACCCGGAAACCCGCUUCACUUCCGUCCAUGCGAUCAUGGGAUUGAUCACGUACAUCCUCAUCGUAUUGCAAGCAGCUGUCGGAGCAGCUCAGUAUUUCUUCCCCGCACAGGUCUUCGGAAGCAUCGACAACGGGAAGCGGGUGUACAAGUGGCACCGGCUCUUCGGCUAUGCUCUCCUCGUCAUGGAGCUCGCCACGAUUGCGGCAGCGACACAGACGGACUAUAACAAGACCGUGUUGCACAUCCGCCUUUGGGCCGUGUUGCUUGCAUCAGUCCUGGUGAUUGCGGGAAUCUACGCUCGAAUCAAAAAGCAAAAGAUGCCUCUUUUCAAGCGCCAGAGACCAAGAGAACGGUCAGACUAGUCAAUGGUGGAUCGGAACUCUGUGUUUCUCUUCAUUUCGGACCAGUUCGGUCCUUUCAGCGCGAUAUUAUCAGUGUCUCCGAAGAAUGGCCGUGUGGGCGACGGUGGUAAUAAGUGGAAAGGUGAAACAUACAGAAAGUAUCUAUUUACCAUCAAUUGUCAGGAAAAGUAAUUUUUGGAAGUAAAAGUUUUUAAGAAAAAACUAGUCAUUUAUGCCAUUU